CGCACAUUCCUCCCUCCGCCGCUACAGCAGCCAUCUCCGCCGCGAUGGAAAGUCAACGAGCGAAGAAGAAUCGCGGGAGUUACAACUGCGGACGCUGUGGCCUCCCAAAGAAGGGCCAUGUCUGCCAAAUCCCUCUCGACGUACCCACCACUCCGGUUGCGAUGGAGUCGGAGAGCUUCAUUGCCGCCGUAUCCUCCUCCCGGUCCACCGUCCGCUCUUUCCCGACGCCGCCGUCAUCGCACCUCCGCCGCGCGCUGUCCUUCGAUGAUGUUGAGGUUCACGACACGCUGGAUGAUUCCGAUCUCGAGGCGGCGGCGACGCUGGAUCUGGAUCCGCAUUUGGAUCUUGAUACGGUUCAACCGGGUUUGCCGGCGAUGUGUUUGUGGGAGGUCCUUAGGCGGUUGCCGCCGUCGGGUUUGACGAUGGCGGCUAGGGUUUGCAAGGGGUGGAGAGAGACGACAAGGAGAAUAUGGAAGGCGGCGGAGGAGCUCCGGAUUGGGGUUCCGGAGAGAGUUCAGGCUGGAUACAUUGGGUCCUUGUUGCAGAAAUGCCCUGGACUUAUUAGGCUCUCGCUGAGGAUGGAAAGUGAUCUUGAUGCAACAACGAUGGCUUGCAUUGCUUUUUCUUGUCCUAAUCUGGAGAGUUUGGAGAUUUCAAUGUCGGGUUCAGCUGUCAAUAGGAUUACUGGGGGUGAACUAGGUCGUUUUAUUGCUGAUAAACGUUGUCUCACAAGCCUUAAGAUGGAAGGAUGUUCCAACUUGGGGGGGUUUGUCCUGUGUUCAUCAAGCCUCUCUACUAUUUGGCUCUCUGAUCUUCAUUCCCUCUCGAGGAUGGUCUUCAACUGUCCGAGCCUUAGAGAGAUAUCACUAGAGUUUUCAUGCCAAGAAGGCGAUUCAACCGAUCUUAUAACAAUGGCUGAUGGUUUGGGAAGGACUUGUUCUAGAUUGCAGAACAUUCACAUUGCAUCGCUGAAGCUUUCCCAUGCUGUUGUACUUGCUCUUACUGCUGCUAAUUUAAGGGGACUGAGAAUGCUUUCCCUAGUUCUUGGUGUAGAAAUCACUGAUGCAUCUGUAGCUGCGAUUUCCUCAACUUACACAAAUCUAGAAUUGCUUGAUCUGAGUGGUUCCAGCAUCACUGACAAUGGCAUCCGAAUGAUCUGCAACGUGUUCUCUGACGCACUCUCAAAGUUAUUUCUUGCUCGGUGUCCCAACAUCACUUCAAGUGGCAUUCAAUUUGCUACUGCUCAACUGACCCUUCUGGAGUUGAUGGACUGUGGUAUGACAAUAUGUGAUCCCAGUUCUGAAAAUUCGACUCCAGAAAAAAUGUUCAGCAACAAGCAACACCUUAUUUAUCAGAAGAUGUUUAUCAAACAUAACCGGCUGAAGAAGCUCAGUUUAUGGGGUUGCUCAAGCUUGGAUGCAUUGUUUCUGAACUGCCCAGAACUCAAGGACUUGAAUUUGAACUUAUGCAGUAAUCUGAAUCCGAAGACAUUAACGCUCCAAUGCUCCAAGUUAGAAUGUGUGCAUGCAUCUGGAUGUGAAGAUAUGUUGAUCGAGGCCGUACAGCAUCAGGUUUGGGAAAACUCGGUAGCUGCAACAAACCAACUUCCACGUAAACGUUUAGCUGAUGGAUCCAAGAGGGUCCAGGCUCCACAACUGUUGUCACAACAGUCACAUGAGGAUGAAACAGGGAAAAGGAGGAGGUUGGAGAAACAUGGAUGUAACAUAAUAGUCUGAUUGAUGACCCAAUUCUUGUUCAUCUUACAAUGUACGGUAAAUCCGGUGUAAUGGGAAUUUCAUUGUGAUGUUGUUAUCUCUGUACUCCUGCCGCUUUAACCACCCUUGAUUCUUGAAUAAUUUUAGAAUAAGAUCAUUGUACCACAGCAAACGCUGCAGAACUCUCAUUUCCCCUGUCAUGCCCUUAUUAUUGUUGUCAGACAAAUAUUUGUUGCCUGUGUCUCUGAUUCUCU